GCGCUCCUCUCCUUCCUCUUUCUAACUCCUCUGUUUCACUCUCCCUUUCUUCUUCAGUCCCCACUUUCUCUCUCUAAAAUUCCAGGUCUUCUGCCUCUUCUCCCUUCGAAGUUGCAGAACGUUUGUGAGUUGCCGUCUCUCUCUCUAGAUUCGCAUUUCCAAUCCCCCUCUCUUUGAAUUGCAAUCUUUCCUUUCCCCUCUCUCUCUCUCUCUCUGAACUUUCGUCCCUCUUGAUCUUCCAGGAUCUCUCUCACUACCUUAAAAAGCCUCUCUCUCUCUAAGUUGCAGGCUCUCAAUAGCUCUCCAACCCUCUGUCUCUAUCUCUAGUUUUUCCUGUCUUUCUCUCUCUAAAGUCUCCUCUUCUAAUUGCAGUGCCUUUUGCACUCACUAAAUUGCUUCUCUCUCAUCAAUGCCUGGACGUGUGGCAAUGGAGUAAAACCUUGCAUUCGGCUUCAUUUCACGUUCAAUUAUCUGUCAUUUUUUGCUUUGUUUCUUUGUUCUGGAAUUGUGGUGCCAUUAGAGCUCGAUCAAUGAACUUUACGACAUGAUUCGUAUGUAGUGGUGCUUUUCCUGCCUUAUAUCCAUUAUUGUGCCGAUUUUAAUCAUUCUUUUUUUGCUCGAUUCUUGAACGAAUAAAGUUACAGAGUCGAAAAGCUUAAGCAUUGCUCCUAUUUUUCCCUCAUUUUAGAGCUUGAGAUUUAUUUAUCUUUUUUUGCUAUCCAUUUUGAGUAAAAUUUCAAUGGUCUCAGAAGAGUCAUAGAAAACCCUAACUUUCAAAUCCAUUUGAUCAGAAUCGGAGCUUCUGAGUCUGAAAAAGAAACUAGCAAAAAUGGAUUAAAUUCCUGAAACCCAAAAUCCAGCUUCAAAAUAGGAACGGUCCAGAUCCAAUCUCGCCUCCUUUCCGCUUCUCCACCACCGUCCGAUAUGUCUUCCAUGACCUCUGAUAACGGAUGGACCGUGCGCCCCUUGAACUCCGACUCGUGGCUCUCCAACCCAUUCGCACGUGACGCCGAUGCCGCGCUCACACGUGCGCUACAAUGUCAGCUCAGCCAGACCCAUAACGCUGACGCCAAUCUCACGCGUGCCGAUGAUCGCUUUUUCCCGCGUGCGGAGGUGAUGUCUCUCACACGCGUGGUACAGAAGGAGCAAUCCGCAGCUACGUCAUCAAGCACGAGCUCCGAGAACGAGGCUCCUUUCUCGGCCACACUUCGCCGGAAUCUGACUUCUACGGUGAGCGGGAAGAUCGCAAAGAGGAAAUCAAGGGCUCAGAUCAAAUCUCCGACUACUUUCAUCAACGCUGACCCCUCGAAUUUCCGGCAGUUGGUGCAAGAAAUCACCGGAAUCCGGUUACCUUAUUCUCCAGGAAAUCAGAUUCCAGGGAUAUUGAAACCCGAGCCCCAAAGGCCACCGAAAUUCCAAACCUUGCCCUCGACUCUCGAUUCUGACCAUGCCCUCAUGUUGGGCCAGGCCCACGGUAACGUCCACCAGGCCCAUUUACCCAUUAUGGAGAGUCCAAUGUUUGAUUUCCAGGCCUUUCAGAGCUUCCCAACCUUAGAAUCAUGGCGAACUCUAUGAUUUUUUUCAUUUCCCAAAUGUGAGCUGAACCGCCAUUUCUUCUUUCAAGUGGUUUUUGGUUAAUUUUAUUUUGUUUUUAUUUAAAUUUAUGGAGUAGGAAGGAGGAUAGAUAGUCAAGACUUGGGGGGCUUUAUGGAGUUGGACAGAGUAUGGAUAGUCACGACUUGGGGGGCUUUAUGGAGUAGGAGAGAGUAUGGAUAGUCAGCCCAUUUCAAGUGGUUUUUGGUUAAUUUUAUUUUGUUUUUAUUUAAAUUUAUGGAGUAGGAGGGAGGAUAGAUAGUCAAGACUUGGGGGGCUUUAUGGAGUUGGACAGAGUAUAGAUAGUCAGGACUUGGGGGGCUUUAUGGAGUAGGAGAGAGUAUGGAUAGUCAGGACUUGGGGGGCUUUAUGGAGUAGGAGAGAGUAUGGAUAGUCAGGACUUGGGGGCGUUAUGUAUAUGGGCUUUCGGGGUUUUUUUGUUUUUUGCUUUUUUUUUUUUUUUUGUAGUUUUUAUGUUCAUGAGUAAUAAUAUAUCUGAUAUUUCUUGUAUUUUUCUGGCCUCAUAAUUGCUUUAUUAUUAUUAUUUUUGAGUCUUAUUUAUCUCGAGGGGCUCUGUUUGUUUGUUUUUUUUUUUUUAAGAAGUUCAGAGCUAUUAAAAAGAAAUUAGAAGUCCGAGACCAAAGUCUCGUAUAAAGAAGUGCCACCUUUGGCAAGGAAAUCUGUCAACGGAAGACGUGUACAAAGGAGAAAAAGAAAUCUCAAAUUUGUAGUAGAAUGUGAUUUUUGCUCUUUAUUAUUCCACUUGAAGACAUUCAAAUAAUCUCUUUAUGCAACACAAUAAGAUUCUAAAUUCCUUUCCACGACGGGUUUUAAACCAUUGAUUUACAUAGUUUAAGUUUUCUCUCCCAUUGUCUUGAGGGGCUCUAUUUUGUUUAUUGAUUGUGAAGUCGCAUAGAACUAUGGGAUUUCUCUUUUUUUUUAUAUAUUAUGAGAUCUUUUUCCAUCUAUGCGAGUAGGAUUUCAAAUAAUUACAAGUUAUCAGGGGGGUGGGGGAUUUGAUUUUUUUUUAAAGAUUUGAGCUAAAUCUAAUAGUGAUCGUUCGGGUCAUUUGGGGUUUUACACAUUUGGGUGUGUUGGUCUCGUAAGAUCAUUAUUUUAUUUUUAAAUGUGAACCUGAUUUUUGGUUUUUUAUUUUUAUUUUUUUAAAAAUUUUUUGGAUUUGUGGAGUAGGAGAGAAGAUAAAUUGUCAUGACUUUGGGGCCUUUAUGUAUAUGGGCUUUGGACUAUGUUUUUUUUUUUGGUAAAUUUUUUUUAUGAAAGUUCAGUAAUAAAGGCGAGACGAGGUUUGUAUCUAAACCAUCAAAGCAAGGUGCACAUUCAAAUAGUCUCGAAA